AUGUCUACUGAUUACGAAUUCAAGGGCUGGCUUGGCCGCGAUCCUAGCUCCGUCCAAGGAAAGAUGGAGUGGGAUACCUUUGAGCCCAAGAAAUGGGAGGAGAACGACGUCGACAUCAAGAUCACACACUGCGGUAUCUGCGGUUCUGACCUUCACAUUCUUCGCUCCGGUUGGGGCGAGACACCUUUCCCCUGCUGUGUCGGCCACGAAAUCGUCGGCAAGGCUGUCCGCGUCGGCUCCAACGUCACAAACAUCAAGGUCGGCGACAGAGUCGGUGUGGGCGCCCAGGCCCGCAGCUGUCUCCGCGACGACUGCUCCGAGUGCUCCGCCGGCCGCCUCAACUACUGCCCCAAGAUGGUCAGCACCUACGGCUCCAUCUACCCCGACGACAUCGGAAAGUCCUACGGCGGAUACGCAGACUACAACCGCACCGACUCUCGCUUCGUCGUAAAGAUCCCCGAGAGUCUCCCCUCAGAGUACGCUGCGCCCAUGCUCUGCGGCGGUGUUACCGUCUACGCUCCUCUCCGUAACAACGGCUGCGGUCCUGGAAAGACUGUUGGCAUCGUCGGUGUAGGCGGUCUGGGCCACUUUGGCGUUCUGUUCGCCAAGGCCCUCGGCGCCGAUAAGGUCAUUGGUAUUUCUCGCAAGGCCUCCAAGAAGGAAGAAGUCCUCGCUCUCGGCGCUGAUGCUUACAUCGCUACUGACGACGAUGAGGACUGGGCCAACAAGAACGCCAAGACGAUUGAUCUCAUGAUCUGCACCGUCUCAAGCAGCAAGAUGCCCUACAGCGACUACUUCAAGCUUCUCCGUCACGGCGCCGACUUUGUGCAGGUCGGAGCUCCUGACUCUGGUGAAUUGCCCCCCAUCAAUGCGUUCAACCUCAUCAUGGGCCAGUUCAAACUGAGUGGAAGCUUGAUUGGAUCGCCUAAGGAUAUCGAGGAGAUGCUGCAGCUUGCUGUUGAGAAGAAUGUCAAGCCUUGGGUUGAGAAGAGGCCGAUGGAGGAUGCCAACCAGGCUGUUGUUGAUAUGGAGAAUGGAAAGGCACGAUACCGAUAUGUUUUGGUUAACCAGAAGAACAUCGAUUGA